AUGGAGAAGGAAGAGAACAACUACUCGGCUUUUAUGCCGUCUGGUAACUUUAACAACCUGGAUUACACCCUAGAUCAUCAUCAUGAUGAAGAUCAGCAGAUGAUGAAGUCUCGCGUCGACGAGACUCCAAGUGAGAACAACAACGGAAUGGUCAAUUACUUGAUGAACAAUCACCAUCAACUACAACAACAGCAACAACAAAUGAGCACACAACUAGCUCCAGCUGGGUUUUGUGGUUCAACAAGUACUUCUUUUGAUAAGCUGAGCUUCGCCGACGUGAUGCAGUUUGCGGAUUUUGGACCCAAGUUGGGCUUAAACCAAACCAAGAUUUCAGAAGAAGAACCCUCCGGAGUGGACCCUGUUUACUUCCUCAAGUUUCCGGUGUUGAACGACAAGUUCGACAACGAUGUCAUGGUUCCACAAGCUGAAGAGAGAUUUACAGGGUUGGGUGAAGAAGGCAAGACGAAGUCAAUGGAAGAAGAUCAAGAUGAGGAGGCUCGGGUUUCGGGUAGUAAUUCGGUGCAGCAGCUCCAAUUUCUUGGAGAAGAUCUUGAAAACAACCCUAGAGGAGGAGUAGAACCGGAGCCUGCAGCCAAGAACAAAAGAAAAAGACCAAGAACUACCAAGACGACUCAAGAAGUCGAAAGCCAGCGGAUGACUCACAUCGCCGUGGAAAGAAACCGCAGGAAGCAAAUGAAUGAGCAUCUUCGUGUGCUCCGGUCCCUCAUGCCUGGCUCAUAUGUACAACGAGGGGAUCAAGCUUCUAUCAUUGGAGGAGCCAUAGAGUUUGUGAGAGAAUUAGAGCAGUUGCUUCAGUGCUUGGAAUCACAAAAGCGGAGAAGGCUCUUAGGCGAAGCUCCAAGACAUGAGGUGGGAGAAUCUGCCGGAGCGAUGGCUAUGGCGGUGAUGCCUGCAGUGCAGGCAGCUCAAGGCGGCAGCGGGGGACCAUUGAUCUUUCCGGCUGCUAAUCUCCCUGUGAAUCCAAAUGAUCCAAUCAAGUUCGUGGACUUCGAAACGGGGCUUCGAGAAGAAACGGCUGAGAACAAGUCGUGCUUUGCUGAUGUUGAGGUGAAGGUUUUAGGGUUUGAUGCGAUGAUCAAGAUUUUGUCUCAAAGGAGACCAGGGCAGCUCAUUAAGGCCAUUGCUGCGCUUGAGGAUUUGCAGCUUAACAUUCUUCACACUAACAUCACCACCAUCGAACAAACUGUUCUAUAUUCCUUUAAUGUCAAGGUUGAGAGUGAAUCGAGGUUCACGGCUGAAGAUAUAGCAACCUCAGUUCAGCAGAUAUUCAGUUUUAUUCAUGCAAACACCGCCAGCAUGUGA